AUAGAUUAGUCAGGCCUCAAAAGAUGGCGUCCUCGGAGCAGGCAGAGCAACCGAGCCAGCCAAACUCUACUCCAGGAAGUGAAAAUGUGGUACCUCGAGAGCCACUGAUUGCCACAGCAGUGAAGUUUCUACAGAAUUCUCGGGUCCGCCAGAGCCCACUUGCAGCCAGGAGAGCAUUCCUUAAGAAGAAAGGGCUGACAGAUGAAGAGAUUGAUGUGGCCUUCCAGCAGUCAGGCUCGGCUGCCGAUGAGCCUGCGUCCUUGGGCCCAGCCACACAGGUGGUUCCUGUCCAGCCCCCUCACCUCAUUCCGCAGCCAUACAGCCCUGCGGGCUCCCGGUGGAGAGAUUACAGCGCCUUGGCCAUCAUCAUGGCAGGGAUUGCCUUCGGCUUUCACCAGCUCUACAAGAAAUACCUGCUCCCCCUCAUCAUGGGCAGCCGGGAGGACAGGAAGCAACUGGAGAGGAUGGAGGCGAGCCUCUCGGAGCUGAGUGGCAGUGUGGCCCAGACAGUGACUCAGUUACAGAUGACGUUAGCCUCGGUCCAGGAGCUGCUAGUUCAGCAGCAGCAGAAAGUCCAGGAGCUCGCCCACGAACUGGCCACAGCCAAGGCCACCACGUCCACCAACUGGAUGCUGGAGUCCCAGAACGUCAAUGAGCUCAAGUCGGAAAUUAACUCCUUGAAAGGGCUUCUUUUAAAUCGGAGGCAGUUCCCACCCUCCCCGUCGGCCCCGAAGAUCCCCUCCUGGCAGAUCCCAGUCAAGUCGCCAUCCCCUUCCAGCCCCGCGGCCGUGAACCAUCACAGCAGCAGUGACAUCUCGCCUGUCAGCAAUGAGUCCACGUCGUCCUCGCCCGUGAAGGAGGGCCACAGCCCCGAGGGCUCCACGGCCACCUACCACUUGUUGGGCCCCCAGGAGGAGGGCGAGGGGGUGGUGGAUGUCAAGGGCCAGGUGAGGAUGGAGGUGCAGGGCGAGGAGGAGAAGAGGGAGGAAGAGGAGGAUGAGGAGGACGAGGACGUGAGCCGCGUGGACGAGGAGGACUGCCUGGGGGUGCAGAGGGAGGACCGCAGGGGCGGGGACGGGCAGAUCAACGAGCAGGUGGAGAAGCUGCGGCGGCCCGAGGGCGCCAGCAACGAGAGUGAGCGGGACUAGGUGUCCAGGGCGCCGGCCGGGUGUGGGAUGGGGCCUUGAGCUGGGCGGGGCCUGGGGCGGGGCCUGGGGCAGGGCGGGGCCUGGCCUUUCUGACAGCCUAGCCCACCCUGGCCUGGGCCCUCACCUUCUCAGCUCCGAACUCUCUGGGCAACUCUCUGGGCGUAGGCCCCCCCCCAGCCCCUCCUGGGCAGGUGUCCUGUCCCCAGGGGCUCUGCUGAGCGUCUGCCAGCCCAACACCGUGCAUGACAAGAGGUAGUUUUAUUACCUGACUCCUGACCCUCCGUGGAGGAGGAGCCGGUACCUGCGUCCGCGUCCCUCCCUCUGCCCCGGGCUCCUUCACUGCUUCUCACCAGUGGCCAAGGGCGCCACGCUGUUUCCAAAACUGCUGGCCGAGGGCCACCCAGGGCCCCCGGCCCAGCGCGGACCAUGCCGCCCUUGUGCGCCUGUGCAGCCCCGGCCCCGCAGUGCUCGGUCGUCCGCCCGCACGUGACAGCACACCGCACCUCUGACCGCUGGCGUGCUCAGCUUCCACCGGGGCGAGAUGUGCUUCCACCCCCGUGUGGGAGCCAGGCGUCAGGGCCUUCCUGUCUGCCCCCCCCCCCCCCCGCCGCCCCCCAAACACGUGUUCUUUUGUGUGAUCAGGUGUAGGUUUCAGAAUAUAAGAUACGACUGUAUAUAAUUGUAAUAAAUACGAGUUGCCACUAUUUAA